GCUCAUUAUUAAGUUUCUCUAUUAAUUAAAGCCUCAUCCCAUUACACUGGCUUUGUCUGACUCGGCCCUUCUUCCAGCUCAGUCUUUUUGACUUUUUACACGAAUGGAAAUUCUUUCCCGGCAGAUUCUGCUUCAGCCGAAAACCUGAUUUGACUUGUACAGAACAAAUCCAUUUUCCAUCUUUUUAACUCAUUCCUCCCUGUGGCCUGAAAGGUCUUUCACUGGCCUGAAUCUGCAAGACACAAGCCCAGGAGUUUUUCUUUCAAACCCGACGCAUUAUUGGAAUUCUUGAGAAGGUUUUGUCAGAGCGGGAAUCAACCAAUCACAGCAGAAGUAGAAUGGAUUUGGGAGACGUAGUGGAAAUGCCAAUGAAGGUCACAGAGUGGCAGAAAACCUACACUUACGACUCGGGCAUCAACUCUGGAAUAAACACGUCUGUUCCAUCAUUGAAUGGGAAAAUGGUCAUUGAGGACGACAAUCUGGCCUAUCCCAACAGUUACACCACUGUCAAAACCACAACAUACACACAGCAGCAGAAUCCAGACAUGGAAUCCCACUUAAACAUGACUCGGGCCCAGCGUGUCCGAGCAGCGAUGUAUCCGGAGACGGUGGAAGAUCACUCGUAUCUGUUCAGCACACAGAUAGAAGGGCAGCAAACAAAUGUGCAGAAACUGGCAGAACCCUCUCAAAUGUUAAAAUCUGCCAUCAUGCACCUUAUCAACUACCAGGACGAUGCUGAGCUGGCCACCCGUGCCAUUCCUGAACUGACCAAGCUUCUUAAUGAUGAGGAUCCGAUGGUGGUGAACAAGGCUUCCAUGAUUGUAAACCAGCUGUCCAAGAAGGAAGCGUCACGCAAAGCCCUCAUGCAGUCUCCCCAGAUUGUGGCAGCCAUAGUUCGCACCAUGCAACACACAAGUGACAUGGACACUGCUCGCUGUACAACCAGCAUUCUGCACAACCUCUCCCACCACCGCGAGGGGCUUCUGUCUAUCUUCAAGUCCGGUGGCAUCCCUGCACUGGUGCGCAUGCUCAGUUCUCCAGUAGAAUCUGUGCUAUUCUAUGCCAUCACCACCUUGCACAACCUGCUCCUCUACCAGGAAGGGGCAAAGAUGGCAGUGCGUCUGGCAGAUGGUCUCCAAAAGAUGGUGCCCUUGCUUAAUAAGAAUAACCCCAAGUUCUUGGCCAUCACCACAGACUGUCUGCAACUUCUGGCCUACGGAAAUCAGGAGAGCAAGCUAAUUAUAUUGGGCAAUGGAGGCCCCCAAGGUUUGGUUCAGAUCAUGAGGAACUACAAUUACGAGAAGCUUCUGUGGACCACUAGCCGGGUGCUAAAAGUAUUGUCUGUAUGUCCCAGCAAUAAGCCAGCCAUUGUGGAAGCUGGUGGAAUGCAAGCUCUGGGGAAACAUCUGACCAGCAACAGCCCAAGACUUGUACAGAACUGCCUGUGGACAUUAAGAAAUCUCUCUGAUGUGGCCACAAAACAGGAGGGCCUGGAUAACGUUCUGAAGAUCCUGGUGAACCAGCUGAGCUCCGAUGAUGUCAACGUCCUCACCUGUGCCACUGGCACUUUGUCCAACUUAACCUGCAACAACGGUCGCAACAAGACUCUGGUGACCCAGAGCAAUGGGGUGGAAUCUCUCAUUCACACCAUCCUCCGUGCAAGUGACAAGGACGACAUUGCAGAGCCUGCGGUCUGUGCCAUGCGCCAUCUUACCAGUCGCCACCAGGAUGCUGAGGUAGCGCAGAACUCUGUGCGACUUCACUACGGCAUCCCCGCCAUUGUGAAACUUCUCAACCCACCAUACCAGUGGCCACUGGUCAAGGCAACUAUCGGCUUGAUCCGAAAUCUGGCCCUGUGUCCAGCCAAUCACGCUCCUUUGUAUGAUGCGGGUGUUAUCCCCCGGCUAGUCCAGCUGCUGGUUAAAUCUCACCAAGAUGCACAGAGGCAUGCUGCUUCUGGGACACAGCAACCCUAUACGGAUGGAGUGAAGAUGGAAGAGAUUGUGGAAGGCUGCACUGGGGCUCUGCAUAUUCUUGCCAGGGAUCCUGUGAAUCGUAUGGACAUCUACAAGCUGAACACCAUCCCACUGUUUGUGCAGCUCCUGUAUUCCCCCGUGGAGAACAUUCAGAGAGUGUCAAGCGGCGUGCUGUGUGAGUUGGCUCAGGAUAAAGAAGCGGCAGACACCAUUGAUGCAGAGGGAGCUUCGGCCCCACUCAUGGAGUUGCUGCACUCCCGCAAUGAAGGCAUAGCCACAUAUGCUGCUGCUGUUCUUUUCCGCAUAUCCGAGGACAAAAACGCUGAUUAUAGGAAACGUGUGUCCGUAGAGCUCACAAAUGCCAUCUUCCGACAGGACCCUGCCGCAUGGGAAGCAGCGCAGAGCAUGAUUCCUCUCAAUGACCCUUAUUCAGAUGAAAUGGAAAAUUACAGAGCGAUGUACCCUGAAGAUAUCCCAUUAGAACCAAUGGGGGGAGACAUGGACGUGGAGUACGCAAUGGAUGGCUACAGCGACCACCCAGGCAGGGGCCACUAUGCUGAUAAUCACAUGAUGGCAUAAAUCCUCUUGCACAAGACAGCUAAUACAGAAGAAUCUUUGAAGACAGAAGUGCCUACAGUGGAUCUGCUCCUCCUCACAGGCCCCUUACAUUCACUUUUCCAAGAGCUUUUAUUUGAUAGAAUUUGCUUGGGGUGGGAUUUUGUAAAUGCCCCUCAGCACCAGGGGUCUGGCUUUUAGUAAUGCUAAAUAUUAACCUCCCCAAACGCUGCACCUUUUUGAGGUUAAUAGUUUCUUUUUCUUGUAGAUUGUCACAUCCACAAGCUUGUGUUGCUCUACUGCCUUCUUUUCUAUAGAUUAUAAAUUUAUAUAUUUUUUCUUUUUUUUUUUUAAUAUGGUGCAAAGAAUAUGCCCUUUUUACGUGCCAUUUUAUUUUUUAAUUUGUUUAUCACCCACCAUCCCCAGUUCAGUAAAGGUAACGUGUUAAUACUAAAAGAAGCCAUGCUGCAUACAGACACCUUUCAGUGGUUGGCCUUCUUUACUGACUGCUGACCUGCACACUGAUUUCUAUUGGAUUGUAAUCAUUUUGUGAAAAAAAUAAAAAUCUGUAUAUUGUUUUCUGUU